CAGUUCCGGGGUUUCGCGCAGCCGGCGUCUGAGAGGCCGGAAGUGCCCCUUGGCGGGCGGGGGAAGCUGGUAGGCAUCCGCUGCUCCGCAGUUACCGGACGCGGGGGAGCAGAUAAUCACCAGAAUGGGAGUGAAUGACUUGUGGCAAAUUUUGGAGCCUGUUAAGCAACACAUUCCCUUGCGUAAUCUUGGUGGGAAAACCAUUGCAGUUGAUCUGAGUCUCUGGGUGUGUGAGGCACAGACAGUCAAAAAAAUGAUGGGCAGCGUCGUGAAGCCCCACCUCAGGAACUUAUUUUUUCGUAUCUCAUAUUUAACACAAAUGGAUGUAAAACUGGUGUUUGUUAUGGAAGGGGAACCACCAAAGCUGAAAGCUGAUGUCAUAAGCAAGAGGAAUCAGACUCGGUAUGGGUGUUCUGGAAAAUCGUGGUCUCAGAAAACAGGGAGAUCACAUUUUAAAUCAGUCUUAAGAGAGUGCCUCGAUAUGCUCGAAUGCUUAGGAAUCCCCUGGGUUCAGGCUGCCGGGGAAGCUGAAGCCAUGUGUGCUUAUCUCAAUGCUGGUGGUCAUGUCGAUGGCUGCCUCACCAAUGAUGGCGAUACUUUCCUUUAUGGGGCCCAGACUGUUUACAGGAAUUUCACUAUGAAUACAAAGGACCCACAUGUUGACUGUUACACAAUGUCAACUAUCAAGAGUAAACUAGGUUUGGACAGAGAUGCUCUGGUUGGAUUAGCAAUACUUCUUGGUUGUGAUUAUCUCCCAAAGGGAGUCCCUGGAGUUGGAAAAGAGCAAGCAUUAAAACUUAUACAGAUUUUGAAAGGGCAAAGUUUACUUCAGAGGUUUAAUCGGUGGAAUGAAACAUCUUGUAACUCUAGUCCACAACCACUAGUCACUAAAAAGCUGGCUCAUUGUUCUGUAUGUUCCCAUCCAGGUUCACCUAAGGAUCAUGAACGUAAUGGAUGCAGAUUAUGUAAAAGUGAUAAAUAUUGUGAGCCACAUGACUAUGAAUACUGCUGCCCUUGUGAUUGGCACCGCACAGAACAUGAUAGGCAACUCAAUGAAGUAGAGAACAAUAUGAAGAAGAAAGCUUGCAGUUGUGAGGGAUUCCCAUUCCAUGAGGUUAUUCAAGAAUUCCUUUUAAACAAGGAUAAAUUGGUGAAGGUUAUCAGGUACCAAAGACCUGAUUUGUUAUUGUUUCAGAGAUUUACUCUUGAAAAAAUGGAGUGGCCCAAUCACUAUGCAUGUGAGAAAUUGCUGGUACUUUUGACCCGUUAUGACAUGAUAGAAAGAAAGCUUGGUAGCAGAAACUCUAAUCAACUACAGCCAAUUCGAAUUGUUAAGACUCGAAUCAGAAAUGGAGUUCAUUGUUUUGAAAUAGAAUGGGAAAAGCCUGAACAUUAUGCUAUGGAAGAUAAACAACAUGGAGAAUUUGCUGUGCUAACAAUAGAAGAAGAAUCAUUGUUUGAAGCAGCAUAUCCUGAGAUCGUUGCUAUUUACCAAAAACAAAAGUUAGAAAUUAAAGGGAAGAAACAAAAACGUAUUAAGCCUAAAGAAAAUAAUUUGCCAGAACCAGAUGAAGUAAUGAGCUUUCAGUCACACAUGACUUUAAAACCCACAUGCGAAAUCUUUCAUAAGCAGAAUUCCAAGUUAAAGUUGGGGAUUUCCCCUGAUUCUGCAUUACCACAGGAAUCUAUAUCUGCCUCGCUGAAUAGCUUGCUUUUACCUAAAACUACUCCGUGUUUGAAUGUACAAGAACAGUUCGUGUCUUCUCCAAGACCUCUGGCUAUACAGAUUAAAGCUGUCAGUAAGUCUCUAAUUUCAGAAUCUAGUCAACCCAGUACCUCAUCUCGUAAUAUAUCUGUGAUUGCUGAUCUACACUUGAGCACUAUUGACUGGGAAGGUACAUCUUUUAGUAAUUCUCCAGCUAUUCAAAGGAAUACUUUUUCUCACGGUUUAAAAUCAGAAGUUGAAUCAGAGCUAUCAGCCAUCCCUGGUGGCUUUGAAAAUAUCCCAGAACAACUGUCAUGUGAAUCAGAAAGGUAUACUGCAAACAUACAGAAAGUGUUGGAUGAGGAUUCUGAUAGGAUUAGUCCUGAAGAGCAUCUACUUUCUGGCAUUACUGAUUUAUGUCUUCAGGAUUUGCCUUUAAAGGAACGAAUAUUUAUAAAAUCAUAUCCUCAGGAUAGUCUACAACCAGAUGUCAACCUGAAAACUUUGUCCAUACUUAGUGUAAAAGAACCUUAUAUUGCUAACAGUGGUUCUGAUUGUACAUCACAUCUUUCAAAGGAUCUUCCAGGAAUUCCCUUGCAAAAUGAAUCCAGAGACUCUAAAGUUCUAAAAGGAGACCAGCUGCUUCAGGAAAACUAUAAAGUCAAUACUUCUGUACCUUAUUCUGUCAGUAACACAGUAGUAAAGACCUGCAAUGUUAGACCACCAAAUACUGCUUUAGAUCAUAGUAGAAAAGUUGAUAUGCAAACCACUCAGAAAAUUUUAAUGAAGAAGAGUGUUUGCCUUAACAGACAUUCCUCUGAUGAACAAAGUGCCCCAGUGUUUGGGAGAGCUAAGUACACAACUCAAAGAAUGAAGCACAGUUCUCAAAAGCAAAAUACAACCCAGUUCAAAGAAAGUGGCCACAACAAGUUGGGUAGCCCUAAGAUACAUAUUAAAGAAAGUGAACAGUGUGUCAGGUCUUAUAAAACAGCUGAAAAUGAAGAAAGCUGGUUCCCAGAUUCAGCAAAAAGUUCUUUGAGUUCUCUACAAUGUCAUAAGAAAGAAACCAACUCUGUUACUUGUUUGGAUAGUCCUCUUCCUUUACGCCAGAGAUUAAAACUAAGAUUCCAAAGCACUUGAAAGGAACUUUAAAACACUUAAGUAUAACUUAUUAUUUUAGUUCUUCAGCAAUAGCAGAGACAGAGGGAAGGUAUCUAGUUCAUGUGUGGUAAAAAUUUUCAUGUUCUCUAUGUCAUGAAACACCAUUUUAAUCAAAAUUGUGAUUUUAAAAAUGUCACCUAAAACUCGGGUUUUAAAAGACCCUCUGUAUUGAAAACUUCUGAUAAUGCAUGUCAUUAUUAUGUCCUUAUUAUUCCUUAAUUGUGGUUUUAAAAUAUUGGUAUAGUACUUGACAGAGUAAAUGCUUCAUCUCUUUGUU